GAGUGGCAGGGAGCGUGAAUGUUGGAAACAAAACACCAGAAAGUCAUCGGGAGAAAGCGGGGUGAGGUUGUGUGAGCACUGGGGAGAACUACCGUGAAGCUGAUAGCAACUAUAGGCGCUUCUGUAACCCUGUCCUCGUCUUCCCUGCAGACCGAAGAGAAGUCGACACAACGCAUCCUCUUGUGCUUUGCAUGCGGUGAGCUAUCAACCGUGAGCGUUCGGAAAAACAGCGGUGGGGACGGAAGUUUGGAAAGCCCGGGCGCUUCAGGAGUGAAUGGUGGAGCAAAGUCCCCCAGCGCUGCAUCUCCAUGCCAACGGUGAUGUCAGCAUGGUGGGCGUCGGCGUGAAGUUGGAGGAGUCUGGAGGAGAAGGGGGAGGGGCCCACGCCAAGGCAGAGCUGCUCUCCUCCCCUGCCUGUGAUUGGUCAGGACAUCAGCCAGGGGAACGACUGGAGUCUAGACAGCUGACUCCUCCCCUCUCCCGCUCACCCUCCGAGGGCUCUCCUGGUAAGGAACAGCUUCUCAGACAGAGUCCUGUGGGGAUGAAGGGGGGCAGCAGGGGGUACAACCACCGACCAGAGGGACACAUGCACCCCACUGUCAGCGAAGUCAUGCCCACCAUAGAGAAGCUUCUGAGUGUGGACUGGAGGGAUAAACUUCUGGACAAAAGCCCCCUGGGAGGCAACCACCUGAAAGGCACUCCAGAGUCUCUGGCAGAGAAGGAGCUGCAGUUGUUGUUGAUGAUCAACCAGCUGGGUGGUCUGAGGGAGCAGCUGCUGGGAGCCCACUCUGAGCAGAGGAACAUGGCCGCCUUGCUGCUGGAGAAACAACAGCAGCAGAUGGAGCUGGCCAGACAGCAGCAGGAACAGAUUGCCAAACAGCAGCAGCAGUUGAUCCAGCAGCAGCACAAAAUCAACCUGCUUCAGCAGCAGAUCCAGCAGGUGAACAUGCCCUACGUGAUGAUCCCAGCCUUCCAUCCCAACACCCAGCAACUCCCUGUCACUUCCGACACCCAGAUGACCAUGCCUCUGCAGCCAAUCCCCUGCAAGCCAGUGGACUAUCCCAUGCAGCUGCUGCAGAACUCUCGCUCCACCCCUGUGAAAAGGCCCAGUGGUACCUUCCGUCAGGAAGCCAGCCAGCCUCUGAACCUGACCUCCAAGCCCAAGGGGAUGGACAUGGGGAAGAGCCCCAGCCCGCAGGCCUUUGAGCUGGGCUCGCUGACUCUGCAGGGGGGGUACAGACCCAGGGACAACCAUAGAGACAGCCCUUCACGACCUGCACUUAACCUGGGUUUCCUGGGAGAGGGGGAUGUGGUGACCCAGGCCAUCCACGAUGCACAGCAGCUGCUGUGGAGUCAUGGGCCGGGCGGAAGAGUGAGGGAGCGAGAGAAAGACAGCACUGCCAGGAUGGAGUAUAAGGUGGCUGGACACAGCAACAGGCUGCCACACCCAGACCCGGGAGAGAACAGACAGACCCGCCAAACCAACGAGGACCACCACAGCAGUGACUCUGAGGGCCCCCUGUCUGCUCCUGGUGUAGGGUUGUUUACAGAGGUUCGCAGCCCCCCCUCCUCCGUCCACAUCAAGAGGCCCAUGAACGCCUUCAUGGUCUGGGCCAAAGAUGAGAGGCGACGUAUACUACAGGCCUUCCCUGACAUGCACAACUCCUCCAUCAGCAAGAUACUGGGAACUAGAUGGAAGUCUAUGUCUAACCAGGAGAAGCAGCCCUACUAUGAGGAGCAGGCCAGGCUGAGCCGACAGCACCUGGAGCGUUACCCCGACUAUAAAUACAAGCCCCGCCCCAAACGCACCUGCAUCGUGGAGGGGCGGAGACUCCGGGUGGGCGAGUACAAAGCCAUGAUGAAGAGCCGGAGACAGGAGCAGAGAGGGGCAUACACACACAGCCAAUCAGAGCCGCUGAAGCUGCACUACGCCCCAGGCGAGGGCCAAUACCCAGGCGGCGGUGGAACGGUCUCCAUGCCGACGGUGCCAUUCCACCCUGCGCUAUUGGAGCACUACCUGCCACGAGGGUUGGAGGCUCCGCCUCCUCGCAGACCUGAGGGGCAGAUCACACCCACUCCACUCCACAGAGAGAGGGAGAGAGAGAGACCACCACCGUACAGCGAGGGGGAGGAGAGCGACAGAGGAGAGAGGAGCGAGGGAGAGCUAGUUCUCCUCACUGACUGAGGGCGAGGGAGAGAGUGAGGGAGGGAGAGGGAGGGGGACAGAGUUUAAUAGGGAUAAAGGAGCAAGGGAAAGCUAGUGCUACUCACUGACUGACAGAGAGAGAAGAAAGGAAAAAAGAAGAGAGGAACGGAGAGAAAUAAAUAUGUGUGUAGAGAACUGAAUGAAAAGGGGUAUGUGUGGAGAAGGGGAUCUUGGACCACAUCAAGUGUGUUAGAGUUCAACGGUUAAAUCUUAGCCAUGUGAUAUGACCAUGUCAGGAGAGUCCAUGACAUGUUAGGGUUAGUAUGAGACCAUUGUUUGUUACGAUGUUAAAGGUGUUUGCCAUUUACUCAUAAAUCUGGCAGCUGAAUCUAAAAGAUAAUUGGUCAUGAAUCAUAUCAUAGAUUGGGCUAUCCAUGUUGCUAGUGAUAAAAGGCACAUUCAAAAUGUGAAGCAGACAUUCACAAUGUGAAAUUAGUUGAGAUACACUGGAUUAGACUUGAGGUCCAUUACUGUCACCAACAGGCAUUGACAUAGAUGUUUCCCUUAAAACCAAAUAUCUAUUAUGUCUAGACCAUAUCCUUAAAAACUGAAACAUUAGCUACAUUUAUCAGUAAUUAGGGAUAGAUCUGAUUUGAUUCUGAAGGAGAGUGCUGCCCUCUGCUGUUUGGGAUGGGCACAGCACCAUGAAAUAUCCCACAUUAAGAUUGUUAGAAAUUAAUAAAUAUUUUUAUUUGAUAUUUUUUACUAUUUUUUUAUUCUCAAUAUUUACAGAUGACCUGGUCUGUGGUGAUAGAGGCUGAAUAAUCCCCAUUAUUAGCCAAUGCACUGGUCAAGCAUAGGCAAUGAAAUGCACUCUGUAAGAAUGCACUUUCACUGAACCCUCAUCUCCUUUCCAAAACAGACUCAAAGGCUGCACCAAAGUAGUCUAAAAUAUAAACUUGUCUCCUUAUAUCCUCUCCUUCAUAUGCACUGACAACAAAACAUAGGAUAAGUAAAAGCAAUAUGGGGGAUUCCUUCUGCGAGAGUUUCUUUCACUUGUCAAGUUCUUUCACAUCAGUGCAAGUAGCGUAGGGGAGACGAGGAAGCCACUUUAGACUAUUGGGAUGCACCCAGUGUUUCACAGGUUUGCACUUGUGAUAGAAGUGGUGUAUCAGCAGUUACAUCUACUGUAAAUGAGGAGAAAUGUGUAAGGAAUCCCCCUCCAAGCCCUUAUUCUAGAUUCAUCUCAUCCUUCUCUAUUCUCUAGUUGUGUACAAGCUGUAUGUGAUGUGUGUGCAUAUGUCUUUCAAUCAAUUUAUUUUGAACGCGGGUUUACAAUGUAUUUGGCACAGAACGUUAUACAAAUGUUCUGUAAAAUGUCUGUUUCUUUGUGUGCGUGUGGUUAUUGAACUCAAAGGUUGGCCUGAACACUUUGUCUGUGUAUCCUGACACCCUGGCCUCUUGUCUUGACCACAGCUGUUUCUCUGUCCGUGUACUGCAGUUUGCCUUCUCACAACAGGGCUCCAUCUCAAUAGUCCUAAUGUUACUUAGUCUCCUUUCCUUCAUCUGCACUGACCUGAAAGAUCUGGACAGGUGAAAUGAAAGUUUUCAACCCAUGUUUUCAGAUCAGUGCAGAUGGAGAAGAAAAACAGAAUAUGAAGCCACUUUAGACUAUUGGGAUACAGUCUUAAUCACAAUGUACUGGACAGAAGGUCAGAUUUGUGGUGUAAUCAUAUUAUUAACUGAGACAGGCCUGUGUUUAGUUGCUGUCACACUGUGGUAAAGCUUUUGGUGAGCCUUGCUUGGGGGAGUAGGAAGAAGUGGCCCCUGGACACUGAUCUAUGGUCAGUUUUAAAUCGUUGCCUAUAAUGUUAAGGCUAGGAUAUGGAUAGUGUAAAAAAAAAUCCUAGGUCUGUUGCUAAGCACAACUUCAACCCAGAGCCAAGGGGAUGGCACUGUUAAAUGUUGGGACUGUAUAGCGACAGAUGUAUCAGAGAAACAUGUUUAUCUAAUUAUGACAGAAACCCAGAGGAAGAGAACUGUCACCUGUUGUCACCCCUGCUGAUGUAAAUAUAGACUUUAUUUUGUUUAUAAGAGCCUGUGUAAUUUAAAGGUGUACCUUUUCUGUAUGUUUUCUAAGUUGUGGUUUUGUUUGUUUUUUUGAAAAUAAUAAAUUGGUUGUGUUA